CACCCCCCCAACCAAACAGGCCAAUUCCACAUUGCCUUCUUCUCUUUGAGGAUCCUCCGUCUUGGUUUGGGCUAAGGGUUUCGCUUUUCAUCCAAAUUUUCCGAUCAAAACUGAUUAGAAUCUCGAAUCAUCCUCCAGUUUCGUUGAAAAUUCACCGAUCAUGGGCGACUUAAUGGCGGAACAUUGCGCAUCCACAACCGAACCGGCGGCGGAAUUAGAAGCUUCCGCUCCUCCGCUUCCUCCUCAGCCGCCGCCUGCUCAUCCCCGGCGACCGAGAGUCAGGGAAGUGAGCUCUCGAUUCAUGUCUCCUGCAGUUUCCUCUUCCUCGUCUUUAACCUCCGGCGAUCUCUUUCCCCCCAAAUCGCCCCUUCACAAACCCUAUCUUGGCUUAUCUCCCACUCCGAAUCCCGCGGAACAUAAAUCCAGGCAACGAUCUUCCUCUGUCGAUAGGCGGCGCCGGCAACUGGAUAUGGAACCCUUGUCCUGUUCCGACGAGAACAAUAGGCCCGUCGACGAGCCUCCGGUGCAGAUUCAGAGCUCGGAAAAUUCAUUUUUCUUCGAACAGGUGCCCCCUUCUACUCUCCGGAGACAACGAUCUGUAAAGCUACAGAAGGAGAACGUCGGAAAUAGACAGAUUUUACAGAAGACCGGCCACGGAAAAGGCGGCGCUUUUGCUACGCCGUCGAGGCCCGACACACCGAUGUUGUCCGCUAGUUUGGACCGGACGAUAUCGUCAUCAUCGACAGCGAGAUUCAGACUGAUGCAGCAGAGGUCUCACAAUAUGACUUCCUCAGCUGCGGCUAAGCUCUUGCAGUCUAGCGUCAUGUCGUUGCCUUCUCAAUCCACUGAUCAAGCUACUCAGAGUUCAUCUCAAGAUCGAAAUUCGGUUGACGGAAAUCGUGAUCAUCUGAGCUGCUCCACGCAGUCAUUACCGGAUUUGCGCUCUCCCAUGCCGGAGACCGAUAUGUUGCCGACCGUCUCCGGCCGACCGAGAAAUUCCAUCAGAGGUGGUGGUGGUCAUGGAAGCACCACGGCCGGUUCCGAUUCUUUGAAGCUCUCUACUUUUCCUUCCUCCCGGUAUCUUAAUUCCCCGUUCAAUUCGGCAACAGAUGGCGGCGAGAAACCGGCAAAUGCUGUCUUUAAGUCUUGCGUGAGCCUUGCAAAGAUGGGGGGACUCUGUCUGCCACCGGUCCCGCCAUGUGUGAAUGCAAAGCCCGGAACGGAGAUGAGGAAGGCGAAGAAAGUUUCCCGUCAGCCGGAAGAUAUCCAUUCCUUGAAACUGCUACACAACCGGUAUCUGCAGUGGAGAUUCGCCAACGCAAGAGCAGAGGCUUCCGUGCAAGCUCAGCAAAGAGAAGCUCAGACAAAAGUUAAUUCUCUCAGGGUAAGCAUAUCAGAACUAUAUGAUUCAGUGACGAGGAAGCGGAUAGAACUUGGGAUUUUGCGAAGAACAAAAGCUGUAUCCGCAAUUCUUGAAGCACAGGUUCCACACUUGGAUCAAUGGUCAACUCUCGAGGGAGAUUAUUCAAUUUCUCUAGCUGAAUCAAUUCAAGCUUUGUUGAAUGCCUCUAUUCAACUUCCAAUGGGAGGGAAUGUUAGGGUUGAUAUAAAAGAGUUACAGGAGGCCCUGAACUCGGCAACGAAAGUGAUGGAGACAACAGUUUCUCAUGUUAAACAUCUUAUGCCAAAGGCAGAAGAAACAGAGAUUUUGAUGUCAGAACUUGCCAAAAUAGUUGGUGGAGAAAGAGCUCUUGUUGAAGAAUGUGGAGAUCUUCUGACUACAACAUGUGCAUCACAGGUGGACGAGUGCAGUUUAAGGGGGCAGAUUAUGCAAUUGCAUAGGAGCUUUGCUUUAGCAGCAUCCCAACCAUAAAGAGAGUUUUUUGAUACUAUUGUAAACAAGUAUUCAUUUGUAUUCUUUGGUUCUUUUUCCUUUCUCAUGAAGUAAAGUUGUGAUUUCUUUAUUGUUAAAGGAAAACAAAACCCGCACAAAUAAGUCCAUCAUUGGAGCAUUUUCUUCA